AAUUACAUCUAAUUAUUUAGCGACAAAUUGCAAAACUACGCGAUUUUUAUGACUCUAAAGCUGGGUUGUCACUGCGCGAAACUGUUUCGCGAAGAUGAUUCGCGAAAAUGUUUCGCGGAAUAUGUGUCGGCGACGGGGUGAAACGUUUCGGGUUGAAAGGUGAAAACAAGGUGAGCCGCCAGUUUACGCGAGACAAUGUUCCUGGUAACUCCCAGUGCAGCAUUAGCAUUUGCAACUAUUACGGUGAUUUUUUUGAGAAAGAAAAAGAAAAAAAGUAAAACAAGACGCCGAUGGUGGAGCAGACAAAUAUUUCAUCGCAGAUCUCAAUACGGAAAUAGACUACUGAGAGACAUGACAGCUGAACCUUGCGAAGAUAUCAUCAGGAACUUUACUAGGAUGACUACACAAGACUUCGAACAUGUCAUGUCACUAGUCGAGCCCAAAAUAAGAAGAAUGGAUACCAACAUGAGAGAGGCUAUAACCGUUAAGGAGAGGUUGACGCUAUGCUUAAGAUUUCUUGCAACAGGUGAUUCCUACACGAGCCUGCAAUAUCUCUUCAAAAUAUCGAAGAGCGCAAUAUUAAGAAUCAUUCCAGAAGUUUGCGAUGCCUUGAUCGAAUCACUUCAGGAAUAUGUAAAGGUACCAUCUACUACAGAGGAGUGGCUUCAGAUCUCCGCCGAAUUUGAAAGAAAAUGGCAAUUUCCUCACACAAUAGGAGCCAUAGAUGGGAAGCACGUUGUACUACAAGCACCUAUCAAUUCAGGAACUGAAUACUACAACUAUAAACAUUUUUUUAGCAUUGUGCUUUUUGCAUUAGUCGACGCUGACUACAAUUUCAUUUAUGCUGACGUAGGAUGCCAAGGCCGGAUAUCAGACGGUGGUGUAUUUAAAAAUACGACAUUAUACAAAAAAUUAGAGGGGCGUGAAUUAAAAAUUCCGCAGCCAGAAGUCUUGCAAGUACCGUAUUCUAUAGAAGUACCAUAUUAUAUAUUGGGUGACAAAGCGUUUGCUUUGAAUGAAUAUACGAUGAAACCAUUUGAUGGUAAUCCCGAGCCUCGUUCAGCAGAACGUGUAUUUAAUUACCGUCUUUCUAGAGCUCGUCGCGUCGUAGAGAAUGCAUUUGGGAUAUUGAGUUCAGUAUUUCGGGUAUUGAGGAAAUCCAUGCUUUUGGAACCAAAAAUAGCAACUAAAGUUACAUUAGCAACAAUAUAUUUACACAACUUUCUACGCAAACGUACUUCACGUGCAACAUACACACCGCCUGGAAGUUUUGAUACAGAAACACAAAAUGGCGCAAUUAUAGACGGCUGUUGGCGCAAUGAUGGACCAACGACACCGUUGAUGCCAACUCGCAACAUUCCCCGAAGAUCAUCCAGACACCAUACAAACGUCCGUCUGCAUAUAGCUAACCACUUUAUUUGGAACGAUUCUUUACCGUGGCAAGAAAACUAUUAAGAAUCUACUUACUUCAGAACUCUCUAGUACUUCUGUAUCCAUAGUUUCUCUUGGGUUGUCUUUAUCGGAUAAGAAAUCGAAAUAUUUGUAAGCGAACCAUUUAGAGUUAUAUACAUCCUCGUUACCUGUAACAAAUAAUGAUAAUAGUAAUAAUAAAUUAAUAAUAAGUUAAUAUCAGUCUAUGGAUUUGAAAACAGUAAAGAAUGACUUACCGG